AUGUCCGGUCCCCGAGUCUCCAAAAGUUGUGGCAACUGCCGAGCCGUCAAACGACGUUGCGACAAACAGCGCCCCCAUUGCGGGCAGUGUAUUCGACUGCGGGAAGAAUGUCCCGGUUAUCGAGAUCAAUGGGACCUUGUCUUCCGCGAUCAGACUAACCAAACCAUCCAGCGAUCGCAGUGUCAGGCAGCCUCGACCGCGAUGACACACAGCCCCCUGUCGCCCCCACCCCCCUUGCCCUCACUGUGUCCGAGCAUGGACCAGGUGGGCGUCAACGCCUUCCUGCACCAUUUUGUCACCGGCGACCACAGCCCCUCGCGUGGAUACCUCAAUUAUAUCCCGGCCACUCUGGGCGCCAAUGACGACCAGCCGACCCUGGUCGCGAGCCUGGCCGCCGUCGGCCUGGUGACAUUAGCGAACUCCCACCACCAGCCGGAGCUGGUGCGCCAAGCGCGCAUCAACGUCAACGCUGCCCUGGCCUCGCCCGUGGAAUCGGUCAAGGACAGCACGCUGAUGGCCCACUUCUCGGGCUUUGACGCGUGGGUGCGUCACGUGCAGGGGGCGGCCGCGCUGACCGUUCUCCGCGGCAAGGGCCAAUUCGCCGGCGGCAAUCCGACCGCCCUGCUCCUCUUCACGCAGGUCCGCACCGACAUUAUAGCCGCCUGUACCCGCACCAACCGACCGUUCCCGGCGGAUAUGCGUGCUCUCCAGGACGAGGCCGCCAAGCACGUGGGCGCCCCCAACGCUGUCUGGGAGAUCGGGGUGAUGGAGACCACAGGCACAACUCGGUUCCCCGAUCUUUUAAGCGCCGCGCUGGCAGUGGAGCGGGACUUUGAAAUCGCCAUGGCGACCCUCGCCGUCCAAGAGCCUUUUUAUACCACCACCGCGGAGGAAGCGGGAUGGGUAGGCAGUGAUCCCGACACUAUCUACAACGGUCGCGUCGACAUCUACCUCACCCCCAUCCAAAUGAUCGUCUGCGAGAUUAUAUGCUACCUUUUGAAGAAGAUGCUCACGCUGAGCCCCGCCGCUCCAGCUGCACAAGUCCGCUUGCGCCGUCGGCAACUGCACGAGACCCUCGGAAUCCUCUCCCGCGUUGGCGAGGAUAUCCUGGCCACCGUACCGCAGGCGCUGGGGAUCGUGGCCCCGCCUGCGGAUCCAUCUCAGCCCUACGCAGGGGAUCUGAGCCCGAGAGCCAGCGUGUCGGGUGCAUACAUUCUGAUUUGGUGUCUCUACAUGGUUGGGAAAUCACCUGCCACCGCAGAGCCGGCCCGCAAGUGGAUCAUUCGACGCUUUCGGAAAAUUUUCCAGGGCGCGGGGAUGGAGAUGGCGCUGCCACUCCUUGAGGAAAUUGUUAGGGUAGAUCAGUCGAAGACAUGA